UCUUGUAGAUGCGUGUGUAGAAUAGAACUAAUUUUCUGAAUAAUUUUGUGUGAAAGAGAGUUAUUACUUGUUCAAGUUUCAGUAUAUUAAUACUAAAAGAUUGAAUAACACAAACUCAAAGUUUUCUUUAUUUUCCGUCAAAUAUAACAGAAUUCAUUUAAAGAAAGAUCUGCGUCUAUCGCAAAUAUGGCCGUCCUGUAAUGAUUUGGUGGUCAGUGAUAUUAUAGUUAUUUCGUCUCAUUUGUAAUAUCAAAAUGGAGCUGCGUGUCGGUAAUAAAUACCGACUUGGUCGUAAAAUUGGCUCUGGAUCUUUUGGAGAUAUUUAUUUAGGAACCAACAUUGUGACAAGGGAGGAGGUUGCAAUCAAACUAGAAUGUAUUAAAACACGACAUCCACAGUUACACAUAGAGAGUAAAUUUUACAAACUAAUGCAAGGAGGAGUUGGUAUUCCUGCAAUAAAAUGGUGUGGCUCAGAAGGCGACUACAAUGUGUUAGUGAUGGAGUUGCUAGGUCCUUCUCUUGAGGAUCUCUUCAAUUUCUGUUCGCGCCGAUUCUCUCUCAAGACUGUUCUCCUACUAGCAGAUCAACUUAUCACCCGCAUUGAAGAUAUACAUUACAGGAAUUUCAUUCAUAGAGAUAUAAAGCCUGAUAAUUUUCUCAUGGGAUUAGGAAAAAAAGGAAAUUUAGUGUACAUAAUAGAUUUUGGUUUAGCAAAGAAGUACAAAGAUCCCCGAACCCAGCAGCAUAUUCCAUACAGAGAAAACAAAAACUUAACAGGCACAGCGAGAUACGCAUCUAUAAACACACACUUGGGCAUCGAGCAGUCUCGUCGCGACGACCUGGAGUCGCUGGGCUACGUGUUGAUGUACUUCAACCGCGGCAGCCUGCCCUGGCAGGGCCUCAAGGCUGCCACUAAACGACAGAAAUACGAAAGAAUAUCCGAGAAGAAAUUGUCCACGCCCUUUGAUGAAUUAUGUAAAAACCAUCCGAUCGAAUUCCAAUUAUACUUGAAGUACUGCCGGCGACUGCGUUUCGAGGAGCGGCCCGACUACAGCCACCUGCGUCAGCUCUUCCGCACUCUCUUCCACCGGCAAGGGUUCACAUAUGACUAUGUCUUCGAUUGGAAUAUGCUCAAAUUUGGAGGUCCACGGGGCAACUACCUGCCCGGCGGCAACGACCGCACCCUUAGACGUCACGAGCAGAACCAGGAGCCGGAGACCACUGCAGGCGCGGCCGGCCAGCCCAGCACGACGGUGGCGGCCAUCUCGGAGUGGCGGUGAGUCCCAUCGCCGGCGCCGCAGAGAUAGCCACAGCUCGUGCCGCGGCGUGAUCGCCACACUGACUGCGCCCGCGCCCGCGCCCGCGCCACCGCCCGCCUCGCGCCUUACCAACAUCAGGGACGGCACCACAAGCCAAAUAUACCACCUCGUAAGUGCUAAACUUAAUCGAAAACAACAAAUUUUGUACGCAUUCAGAUUAAAACUAUUCGUAUAUUGUAAAUUAUUUAAUUUUAGACAUAACGAGUGAGGGCUGAACUAAUAUGUGUCGUUUUUAAAUGUGACUCAUUUAAGCAUAGCUGGUAAUUAGGCCUAUUGCAUCCAUUGUACUUUACGCUCAGUUAUAAUUUAGAUGUUAAGGUACGGGAGCGGUGUUUGGUAAUGACCAUUUGUCCCUCCUACGCAGACGAACUCGGCAAAUGGUUUAGGUGUAGAUAUAAUCAAAGAUUUUAAUUCAUAGAUAGGUCCUUACGGAGAUGUAUAGUUGUUACUAACAUAUACUAUAAUUAUUGCGACACUGUUUUAUUUAUCAACAGGCAUAUAAAGUUUUCUUUCUUUUAAAUAAAUACAGUGAAACUUAUCGUGUGGGCUUAGUUACAUUUUCUUAGAAGAUUGUCUUAUUUGACCAUAUACAUCUUACUGUGGGUUUCUAAG